CGGGUUAACAGCAUUUGUCAAGUUCUUCCUGUUUUUUUACAGAGUUCUUCGAACGUUUCUCCAAUCGAUCGGUGAUGUUCUCUUCUUCCUCAAUCAGCUUGUCUCUCCUCAUUCCGUUGUUUUCAGUGAUCAGACCCGAUGCGGCUAUUGCUCAACUGGAGGGUUAGUUUCCCUUACAUUUAUUUCAGUUUGGUCAGGUUGUUCGUAAACGUAGCCUUUGUUGCUUUGUAUCAAUGAUAAAAUUAUAAAGAGAUCUAAAGAUUCUCGUCCUCCCCGCAUAGCAACCUAGGUUCGGGGGAUAUGAUAGAGAAUGCACAAUUAUAUAAGAACUGCUUAAAAAAUUUGAAAAAAAAUUAAGCGCAUGAGGUAAGCUAUGAAUGUAAACCAUGCUUUUUGUUAAUUAGUUUUGAAAUAUCACAAAAACUACAAUUUACAAAAAUUUAACAUUAAAUCGUAGAUUAUCAGACCUAUACUGUUUGCCGAAAAAAAAAAAAAACAAGAAAAGAAAGAGAAAAUCGUUGUGUUGUGUUCACGCCCUCGAUAAAACGUUAAAUGAGAAAGUUUUCGUGCAGUGACGAUUUUUUUUUUAACAUGAAUCGAUCAUGCAGCCUUCCGUCCACGAAACCACAGAAUUCGUUUAUUCAUCAGCGUCCUAUUGUCUAAAAAAUUAUGCCCUAUCAAAAAAAGCUAAAAAAUAUAGGGAUUUGUGUGGACGGGUACUUAUAGAUUAGCAAAAAAAAAAGCAAUUUUCCACGUACAUCUCACUUUUUGAUACAUUUCUUUGCCGUCCAGAUGCGGUUUCAAAAGUAUCCGGAUUCAUGUGAACGGGACCUGAACCUUUUUCCCUCUUGGCGUUUUCGUUCUGUCCUCAACGUUGUUGCUUACGCGCCCUAUUGAUAUUCGCGGUGAGUUGCUCCCGCAAUUCUCCAUUUUUCUUUCUCCUGACUUUUUAUUUUUGCACGUUUUAGAAUUUACCACCAUGUAUCACACCAGUCUUCGUCAAGAUGUUUUUAUGAAGGAAGAGUACCAUUACUUAAACGUGUCUAAAGUUGGAACAUUUACAGUGUACCACAGCCUUGACUGCACCUUUGAAUGCCUUGGUAAUCCUUCCUGUUUGUCCUUCAACCUGGCAGCUUACAAAGGAGCAGAUGGAAAGUUUCUGUGUGAGUUGUUACCGUCAGAAAAGUACAGCAAUCCUGAGGAGUAUAAAAGAAAUGACAGUUUUCGUCACUUUUCCGUCAAGGUGGGGUUAAUUCUUUGUAUAAAGUUUAAAGAAAGAUAUUUUUUAUAUAUCAGGUCUACGCGAUUUUAAUAAUGUGUCUUGAAAUAUAAGAUACUUUCGUGUAAACGUAAAACUCGGCGCCGUAAUUCUUUAUAAAAUUAAGGUUCUUUAUAUAGAAUAUCAGCUAAGACAUCGAACAGGAACUGGCGUAAAAGUGACUGACGAUAAGACGUCGGAGUUAUUCAGUCCAAUGUCACUUUCUCCCUAUUUUCUUGCCUCAACACUUAACCGAGGAACAAAAUUACCUUAAUGAAAAGAAAUCAUAUGACAUCAAAAUUUUUUAUUAUUAUUUCAGACUCCUUGCAUGUCAUCACCGUGCCAGAACGGAGGCACCUGUGUAGCGAACUACAAAUAUCACACGUUUGACUGCCGUUGCAAGGAAGGGUUUUAUGGAGAAUUCUGUGAAGGUAAUUGAUGUACCGCCGCCCUGUACAUCAGUUCAAGGCAGCAUAAAUAGUAAAGCCGUCGUCCCUGAUAUUUAAAGCCUAUAGUCAGGUGUGCAACGUGCAAACAAUCUUCUCUUGGCGUCUUUUUAUCCUAGGCCUGCUUUGGUGCAUCUGUAGAUUAAUUUGUCUUACUCUCAAAAGUCGAUUUCUCUCUUGUCACCACCCAGCCGAAAUCGAUCAAGCGGAACAAAACCGGCGCUGACAUGACCGUCGAAGUUUGAAUCAUUUUCUUUCCAACAAAAACUGUUGAACUUCCCCGUCAAGUUCACCUGUGGCUUUCUCUCCUCCCCCCUUCUUUUGCUUUUCUUCCUCCGUCCUUUUCUACUUCGCUUCAUUUUAACAAUUUAAAAGAAAACUGAUGACGUCACAAGUGGUACAAGAAAGGUGGCUAAAGAAACGGGCGGUUAGAGUAGCUGGAUGUGGUGUGAAUCUGUUAACCCAAACGUAGUCUGUCUCAUAACCUGCGUAGCAGGCGUUAAAAGGGGAAGGGGAAUGGGGAAUUUGGGCGCGCGAGGGAGAAAGGAACGCCUGCAAGGACGCCAUUGUUUUCUCCAUUUUUCACGCUCAGAUUCUGAGCGUGAAAAUAGUGACUGGUCAGAAUUAAUUAAAUGUCAAUCUUCGACUUAAUGCCUUUUUCUGAUUGGUUGAAAUCAACAUCACGCCAUUGAGUAACUAAACAUAUGUCAUUAGUGAAGCGUGAUGAGAUUUCUCUACGGUAAUUCAUCGUUAGAAGGCAUCAUUUUCAGCUUAAAAGGAGAAUAGAAAAUAGCAGUUAAAGAACCGUGUGAAGGAAAAGGCCUGUCAGCAGAUGAGUUUUACACACUGGUUCUGAAAAGUAUCAUCUCCCAACGGCUUGUCGGUUUUACUCGCCAGAAGAAAGAAAGGAAAAAUCAUGCUGCCUGUGUGCUUGUUAUCUGCUGUCAAGAGCCAUAAUAGGACAGGUCCUAUUAUGGCUCUUGCUGCUGUUUGACCCUCGUUAUCAACGGCAAAGACGAAGCGAGCCACAACUUUUGGCGAUUUUUGCUUGAGGACUUCUUCUUGCCGGUUAUAAAACCGCCAGGAACUUACUGUAACAAUAAAUUGUUGCCUUCUUGCAGAUCUGCGAAGUUCAGCUCUUCUUGCCCCGCCACCAGUGUUCUUUUGUGUGCUCCGCUGAAUCCAAUUCGUCCUGAUAGAAAUUCAAAGAGUGCGUGACGGCAAAGUGUUUAAAUUUUUGUUAGACAAACAUUGCAUUGACUAAGUUGCGAAGAGCCGUUACAUUUCUUAUUAAAUAGUUUUCCUGCCCGAUUCCUUCAGCAACAACUUGAAUAGAUUUAUCCUGGAUUUUAUGUAACUCGGCACGCGUCGUUGCAACUUUCAAGGAAGAUUCCUUCGAUGGACGACCGCAUUUGAACUUUUUUUAUAGUACCUUUACUUUCGAUUUCUUUUUUUAGGAAAAUAAAAGAAAAACAGUGCGAGAUAUAGAAAUACGACUAGAAUACGUGCAUCGCGACCAGACUUAUUUGACAGCUAGUCAUUCACAGUUGCGUUAUAUUUGUUAUUUUUUUUAACUAGUAGGCGGGAUGGCGAAAACAAUGGCUUCCUUGCGGGCGUUCCCCUCCUCCCUCCUCCCUCGCGCGUGGUCUUGCGCCUUAAUUCCCUUUCCCUUCCCUUUCGAACGCCUGCCACGCAGCUUAUCUGUCUCACAUAAAAAGGCAAAGACCCGUAAAAGGAAAGUGGGUAACCUGUGGUUUGAAUGUUGUCUUGUCCUUUAUCCCCCCUCCUCCCUUAAUUAUCGGUUCUUGGUAAAGUAAGAGAAAAUCUAAGUUGAGUUUGUGUUUCAAAUUUUUUUCAGUUGCAAAGUCAUGUCAAGUCCUUUAUGAUCAGCUCAAGGAAAAGUGAGUAUCGCUACUGAUUUAAAGAAUAAUAAAAUUAUAUACGAAAAAAUAAAAUAUAGAGUCCCGAUGAGGCUGUUCGUACACUAUGAAACAGCCAAAAGUUUUAGUCAUGAAGCGUAAAAAAGAAAAAUUUUUAAUCGUUUUAGUAAAAAAGUUGACCGUAAAAAGUUUUCUAGCAACAGUUUGUUGUACAGAGAGUUUUGAUAUUAGGACCACACGCGAUGUGUAUCAUGGCUGAUGCAUCUUUUCAACCUUUGUUUCCAUCCGUAGCAAGGUUCUUUGUGCCCACCGAGUUAAAGGAACUGUGUCAGGAAAUUUAUCAAUAGUAAUAGCCUGCGUAGUAGUCCUAUCCUUUUCGUUUAAGACAAGUGCCUCAAGCACUAAAAGAUGCGCGAGGGCAUUGGGCACUGGGCGUCUCGUUUCUACCUCUUGGCUCAAAGGAAACGCAGACGACUGCUACGCAGGAUACCGCGGUGGCAACUGCCAUUAAACUGAUUGAAACAUAACCUUAUCGGUAACCAUGCACUUAAAACAUUAAUAGAAGGUAUAAGAACAGGAAAUACAAAAUAAAGGCACGGAUGAAAAAGCUUUUACAUGUAAAAGGUUUAAAACGUUUUGCAACUGCAAGAAGGGCUUGGACGCUCCGCAAGGGCCAACAUCCGCGAAGGAGUACUUUUCUAACGCCGAUCUAUAUAUAUAUUUUCGCUCGAACACUUUCGAAUUUGGUGCUUAAAUGUUUAUUAGAUCCCAAAUACGCAUGUUUUAAACGACUAGGCUGCUUGAAAUGAUGAACUUGUUUUGGUCGAGCGGUCAAUGCCAGUCACGGCUUCUUUGAAGUUUGACGACUUCGAAGCCCGAUUUACGUGGUUUAUUUUUCACUUCCCCAACGUAUUUUACGACUUCCAGAUCGAGUAAUAAAUAAAUAUCGUAAGUAUAACCAUACAUUUAGAGAAAGUAAUCGUUAACUUUGUCUAGUUUUCCUUUUCGCUGAAAAUUAACGAUUAUGGAUAUGAUUUUUGGUCGCGAUUUGGGGGCCUGGGAACGAAAAAACAAAUUAGAGGCAAAUGACACGUAAUUUUUUGGCAUGGGAAAUUAUGGGAUUUUUAGGAGUAUUAUGAAAGUUCAACAUCCAAAAGGUCUACUUGCCAUAAAAUAGCACUCCAGGGCAAAUUGUCUCUGAGAUAUUAGCCCAGUUAUGCUCUGAUGACUCCAUUAUCAUAGAUCCUUCUAAAUUUGACUUAGUUUAUAACAUUAGAACCGAGUCAAAUUUAGAAGAAUAUGUAUGGAGCGACCAGAGCAAAACGGGACUAGUAUCUACGAGACAAUUCGCCCCAGAAGGCUAGUUUUUGUAGGCCUUUCAGAUGUUGUUCAUUCAAAAUAUCCCAAUAAAUUUUAUAAUUUCCAAAAAUUGAUUUUAUGACGUCAUCACUUUAAAACUCGAUGUCCCUUUCCCCUUCCUUCUGAACACCUGCUACUCUGGUUACUAAAGUCAUCUUGUAUGAACGAACUUAAUUCGCUCAGAACACAUUAUUAAGGAACAUUCCAUUUUUUUCUCCGACAGUUAAGAGCUGGAAAAAUUAAAAUGAGAUUUCAUUUUGUACAGGUUGAACGUGACUCAGUUAGUCACUCUCCUCCUUGACUCCAAACUAGUUUCAGUUCUCUGUCACUUUGGAAAUUUUGGAUGCGGAGAUGGAGGAUGGACACCGGUCAUGAAGAUGGACGGCAACAAGGUAAAACAUGUGUACUUUUUCCCUUAGUUUGGCAACGAGCGUGGAAAAGAAAGUGUUAUAAUUAGACACAGGUUUGCUUUUGUCACUGAAAGGAUUAAAUUAACUGCAAAAACCGUGCACAAAGAUCCUGCUAGUUGUAAACGUUGGAUCUCCAGAAAAGAGAUCUAAUCAGCCAAAAUAUAAAGAACCAAGAACGAGAAGUCCAAAGACUACUGCAAAGCUGAUUUAAAACGUGUAUUGUUUUUUACACUCCUCUAACCGUUGCAAAUGAAGACGUCUUUAAGCAACCGCCUUUUGUUGCUUACAGACGUAGCUCUAAUCUUCGUGACCUUUUAGUUAAAGCACAGUUACCCGUUAUCUCCACCGAUCCGGCAUUUUCCGCCAGGCUCCUUCCGCUUUGGACAGAAUUGUGUCACUUGUCCAUACAUUACCAACGGCCUCACAAGUUAUACCUUUUACGCUACAGGUGAAACACGCUCCAUCACUUCACACAUUACUUCUAACACUAAAAAUGUGAUCUACAUCGUAACGUAAUGUAACCGUUGUAAUUUACACUAUAUAGGUGAAACUAAGCGACGUCUCAAGCACAGAUUUAACGAAAACAGACGUGCAGUCGACAAAACUAACAUUAAAUCUAAACCCACCACUGUUUCUGAACACUUUCUCUCUCACUCUAACAAUUCUCAUACUGACAUGCAGUUAAUCCCACUAGAGAAAAUUCGUUCUUCACGUGACUCAGUUCGUAAGGCCAGGGAGUGACAUUUGAUAGAUAAGGCCAUGACUCUUGAACCUCAUGGCCUGAACCGCCGUUACGAAUUAUUGUAAUCCAUAUCCUUAGUAUUUUUUCCUUUCCAGUUUUUAUGUUGUACGUCAUUUCCGCCUCUCCCUUUUAAACAAUUUUUAUUGUGACAUUCUCCAUCUAUAUAACAUUGUGAUUCCUACAUAAGUUCAGUAACAUCUGUAAACCUGAAGAAGGCUGGUAUUGCCAGCCGAAAUAUUCUUAUAAAAAACAAUACACGUUGAUUUAAAUCAGCUUUGCAGUACUCUUUGGACUCCUCGUUCUUGCCUCUGUCAGCAAUAAUUCUCAAUCAUCCUAACCUGCGAAUACAGCCGUUUCUUCUUGCUCUCCGCCGCUAGGGACGUUUCGCCAGGAGGAAUUCUGCGCCGCAGGGACAUAAAUUCCAUACUGAUGAGUAAAAUCUGUCUGGAAUCUGGUCAGGAGCUCUGAUUGGUCAGCAUAGUAGUUAUAUUGUUUUACCUAUUGUUUACGAAUGACAGACAAAAGAUAGAAGGUCACAAGGGUCAAAUAUAAACGGGGUAGUAAACGUGACGAAUAUAUUUUCUCUAGAAAUAGUAGCUGAGUUUUGCUGGAGCUUGUUCCCAGUAGAACACAAAACUUAACUAUAAUCGACCAAGAGAAACAUAAAAUCCAGCAAAUUUACAUUUGGAACCCCAUGACUACAGAAUUUGUUAUGUAAACAUUGAUUUACGUCAUCAGUAUAGAAUUACUGUCACUGAGGCGCAGACGUUCCUCCUGGCGAAACGUCCUUAGCAAGGAGAAACGGCUGUAUUCGCAGGCUACAAUUAUCCCCGAAAAAUGCGAAAGAAUAUCUCGGCGAUUAAUGAAAAAAUAAAUAAAUAAAUAAACUACGAAUUUCGAAUGUGCAGCGGAUGAAUGAAAAAGCAAUUGCUUUACACUUUCUCUGUCGAAUUUUUUUUAACAUUCCUUUUUACUAGACGAGUGAAUGGGAAUUAACAAAGUUUAGGGAGUCGAUUAUCAUGUAAAGCCGACAUAGUUACAUCCCCUGUUUGCAGAUUCACGCCGCUGAGUACAGUUGAAUCUUUGCUUAAGGGCACUGACCUUCCUUGUCCGACGGACACUCAGUCUGAGACAUUUUUGUUUUCAUAAGUUUGAUUUCAUUUACCAUUUUAGUAAAAAUUCGGCAAGGAUGUACUAAGUAAUUAAAAAUAAUUAGAUGAUGGGAGUGUCUUCCUUUUUUUCUGUUGAGAAAGCUUCGUGCCCAAGGAAAACAUUGUUGCCAAAUGGCGCCCACGAAAACGCCAUUUUCAGCGUGAUUUAAACACAAUUUUUUGUAUAUAAAAUUUCAACAAGAGUCUUGGAUCCUGCUUUCAGAAAGCCCAUCAAAUUACAGUGAAGUUUACUGGAGGCUCGACCUUACCAUAUAUUUGAAAAUUUCUCGCCUGAUUCUUUCUAGUAACUUAGUAACCAAAGCCGCAAACGAUGACCCUUUUGACUUAACGUUCGAUAUGAAGAAAUCUGAUCAUGUGAUUUUUAGACAAACCAAAGCAGAAUAAUAAUGUAAUUAAAAACAAUGUCAGUCUAUUUCUUCUAUCAAGAAGACAACCUUGUUCCCAGGAUCCUCUCGUACUCCCACCGGGAGAUGAGUAGGAGCGGAGCCAGGGAACGAGGGUAGGCCAAUUAACAAACCAUACGUAAAUCUAAUAACUCUUUACCUAUGCUAGAGAUUGUAUUUUUGUUAUGAAUUUUAACACAGCAAACGUUUCACUACGACUCCAGUCUCUGGAGAAGCAAAAAUGCCUUUAAACUUGACGGAGGGAAGACUGGGUUUGACUCACAGGAGACCAAACUUCCCUCCUACUGGAACACAUCCUUCUCCAAGAUCUGCCUCGGUAUGAAGAUCGGUCAGCAGAUCAGGUUUAUUGUCAUCAACCAACAGGCGAACUCCUUGUACUCUCUGAUCGCUGAUGGGCAAUACCGCAACACCUCACUGGGUCGUAAAACGUGGAAGUCACUGAUUGGCUCUAAGGCCUCCUUGCAGAUUGGUUGUAACAGGGAAGGAUUUAACGCUAAGAGUGACAAGCAGAAUUUAGGUAAAGACAUGGGCAAAGCAAGAAUCGGUAUUCUUGGUAACGAUGAACACACGUUCUGCGAUAAAUGUGACUCCAGAAUUGGGUUUGGUACUGGCGGUUUGCAUGAUGACAGCAAUACAUGUGGGAAUGAGAAUGCCAUCACCGGAAAGCAUACAAAGGGACUAGGUUACAUCCUAGUACAGUGAGACGGUAGUACCAAGUUCACUCUAAAAAGCUUAAAGUCCUUUGAAAAUCAUGUUAACUUAGCAAUUUUGGCAGUCGACUCUUGUCUUUAUGAUAACUGGCCACCGAUGCCCCGUUUAAAUAAAAGUCACUAAAUAAAUUUUUUAGUUCUGCAGACGCAAUCGUAGCAAAGAGGACUAUAUAUAUAUCUUUGCUUAACAUGUGCAUCAGUUAUUAAUACCGUAAAUCACAAUAGAUAACAAUGGAUAAGUGUAGUGUUUUUCAUUAGGGUACUGAACAAGUGGUGUGACAAAACAGGUUGAGCAAGUUAAGCUCCGUUAAGUUUCCUGGCCCCAGAAAGAAUUGUAAUAGGGUCUGGAAUGGAAGGGCGGGGGGGGGGCGGUCUGGAUCACGAAUCACGGGUUAAAUAAUUUCCGUACAUUCAUGAAUCACGCUACCUUUUAGAGUCCGUCACGAAUCACGAACUGAUCAAGUCUAUCAAUGACCGCUUAGUGUGGUUGCCGGACUUGAACUACUGUAUUGGAAAGAGUUGGUCUGAAAUGACCCCGGUUUGUUGGAAGGAAACAAAAAGUAUGUAUGGUGAUCAAACUUACGAUUCUAUACUUGUCUGUUUGAGCGAAUAAAGGAAGACAAAAUUGUAUCUAUUCUUUAUUUUAGUUCGAUUUAAUUGUUAUAAUAAUGCUAAUAAGACUUUCACUUUUUUUUAUAAUAUCAAUUAUCUCCCUUCAUCCAACAUCGCAAAAAUGUUAUAAUAGACUUUACUCACGAUGCUCGGCAUCUUUUUUGCAAGCGCUUUAAUUUAGGAUUGUUGGGAUAAAAGCAAUGCUACGUAGUAUUUCAAACAAGUGAUACAUUUUGUCAAUACGAGUAAUCGCGGUCAAAAGCGAGGCGAACAUUCUAGCCUUGAAAAAUGCAUAAUUAGAAAUUCGACAAGUUUUACGCCAUUAUAACAUUAACUUCACAUAAGAAUCUAAAGGUUAGUUUAAACUGUUGUUAUAAUUUAGACGUGGCUUGUAUUGUUGCUCAGUAAUUAAAAAAAAAAACUUGGAAAUGUGACGUUUCUGUUUUCUUUUCUUUCUGAUUCUCUAACCCUAACAUUAUGAAGCGAAACUUUUAUAGAAUCGAUCAUCCUGUGGCAAGAGAGCUUCCUCUAGUCAUGUCCAAUACUACCGCACCAUUACGGACCGUUAAUCAGGGGAACCCAACGUCAAUUUUUGGAAAAUAACUUUUCGGAAGACGAUUUGAGAUCUAGAAUUUUCGGAACAUUUCUUGUAAAAUUUCUUGCCGUCCUGCCUCUUCUAGGAUUUUCGAACAUCUAAAAAAUGGUAUGAUUACCCUUUUUUAAAGGAUUUUUAUCCUCAAAAGGUCACCUAGAAUUUUCGGGAGUCUUUUUUCUGGAUGAAAUUUUCGAAAAGGUAAGUUUUGAUCCCUAUAAUUUUCGGAUCACUAGACUUUUAGCUAGGAAAUCCGAACAGAUGAAAAUUUUUAGGGGAUGAAAAUAUACCUAUAUCUACCAUUUAAAUACUAAAAUACGUUCAACAAUGCUAUGUUUAAGUGGUUUUGGACUAUAUUCUCGUUGGGUGCCCCUGCUUUAAUUAAGAGCAGUUGACGGAUCGUACGCUCCGCUCCGUAUAAACCAAGAAAGCACUUUUCAAGAAGUUGCUUUGUAAUUAGAAUAUUCAUACCGGAGGAUGGGUUGCAAGAAACUUUUCAUGCGCGAUUCCCGGUUACGGUCAAGUCAUAAUAGUGACUGCGCUAUAACUUGAGGUUUUGCUCGAGGCUUCGCCACUCGUGGCUUCGGCCUUUUGCCGUAGAUGACACGGAAAUAUUAGAGACCUUAAGAUACCCCGAAAUCGGUGUACGGGUAACGGGCAUGUUUUUUUUUCAUUUUGUGGUGACGUCAUCGACCUUACCCGGUAGAACCAGCCGUUUUUCCGGGGUAGACACCAGUUUACCCGUAGAAGAUUUACGAGUAGCUGCAAGUCCUACAUGAUGGAGAAACGAGUAAGUUUUUAAGACUUUUUAAGUACAAAUGUAAAUUGUAUGACUCCUUGGCAAUGUUAUUGCAAGUCUGUUCAAAUAUUUUUGCCAAAUUUGAAUUUUAGCUGUAAAGAAAGCGCUUCAAAAUGUAUUGAUUUUGGACCUCAAAUGCGCAGGUUGAACUCUGAAACGAUAUCAAUUUGUGGCGGUAUUUGGGGGAAUUUCUGAGAAUUGCUAGAACGUUUGAGUUUCGCAAAAGAAAUAGCAUUGAAAAAUUUAGCAUGGGAGUCACUGUUGAAGUUGACAAUCAAAGGAAUUGUUUGGUGAUGUGCCUCGAUCGGGGUUUGCGAUAAACAUGCCUCGCGGGGUUUGCGAUAACAAGCUUUCGGUCGAAGGACUUCCCACCAAGUUUCUUAAAAUCUUUCUAUGAUAUGUCAAUAAGCUUAUGUAUGAAUGAAUUAUUUGUUGCAGCUUGUUGUUAAGAUAUGAAGUGUAGAAUUUGAGGGGGCUUUUGUAUGCAUUAAGCGACAUGCAUGUACAAAGUUAAUUUUGCGUGCUUGUUCUUUUAAUUCUUCGGGUAUCUUAAUCGAAAUAGUCACGCACAUGAACAUUUUACGUGUACGGGUACGCUACCCGUACCCGUACAAUGAUAUCGGGGUAUCUUAAGGUCUCUACUAAUUGGUCCCCAGGGCUCCUUACAGAUUGGCUGUAACAAGGAAGGAUUUAAUGUCAAGAGCUACGCGAAGUAUUUCGGUAAAGACCUGGCUAAAGCAAGAAUCGGUAUCAUUGGAAACGAAAUAGACGACUGUGGUAAAUGCGACUCCAGAAUUGGGUCUGCUACUGGAGGGGAGCAUGAUGACAGCAAUGCAUGUGGGAAUGAGAAUCCUGGGGGCGGAACACGUACAAAAGGACUAGGUUACAUCUUGGUACAGUGAGACAGUAGUACCAAUUACAAACUAAGAAGCUUAAAUCAUUUUAGCAAGCUUUAUCUGUAUUGAAGAUACAACUUAUUCCCGUGGCGGCAAAUUUUGUUAGUCUUUUGUCUCUACGAUAUUAAAUUGGCCAUCAAUGACUCGUUUAAGAGUAAAAUGCAGAUUUUUUUACCACGUGCAUCAGUGGUCAUAAGUAACCGUACAUCACAAUACAGAAGGCAGGGUGACCUUUUGUAAUUAGAGACCUUAAGACUGAGGUUUUUCGGCAAUUCCCGCAGCCAGAGUUAUUACUAAAUCACCCUUUGGUAACGUGACCAACUAAUGCAAACGGCCUUUUAUGUCACAACAACUAGCACCGCAAAAUUUUUGCUAAAACGAAAAAUUAAAGGUAAAAAACUAGACGAUGAUUUUAGUAUUGCACAAUUUGAAAUGGAUAAUAAGUUUUACGCCACAUGGAAUUUUUAUAUGUCUUAUACUGAGGGUCAUGUAGCAGCUGCUGGGAAGAGGUCACCAAUUAAUUAAAAUGGCGCGUUUCCCUGACCCCAGUCAAUACUAAAACAAUUGGAAGAAUGACAUGUCAUUUUUUCCUGCGACCAAUUAGGAGAGACCUUCCGAGCAGUUCCUACACUACUCGGGUGGGUUAUACUGAACUUGGCUUACAUCGUUGCGCUGUAAUUAAAGCAAAAUUCGAAAUGUGAUGUUUCUAAAAUAUUUUCUUUUCUUUCCAACUCUCUAACCUUAACAUUUAUGUAGAAAAAAACGUUUUCUUGAAUCUAUCAUCCUUUAAGGGAAAAAAUGGCGUUGUUCUCUUGUUUUUGCACAAAAUUUUGUUGCAAUCAAUAAUUAGUCUAAGAGCAGUCAACUGUCAAGAACCAAGGUUCCCCCUCUACAGAGUCAGUUCGUGAAUUUCUGUUUCUGCGCUGAAUUCUUGGAUACAAGAAAAAAAUUAUCGGAAUGGCAAAUUUUCAGCCUAGUCCCUAGGCAAUCUCUCUUGCCCCGUUGUCCGCGCGAAGUCUGGGAAAGAGGGGGUGUACUGUCGCAAUUUGUAAUAAUCAUCGCACUUUGUAAUACCUGUCGCAAUUUGUAAUAAAUCCAUCGCACUUCACCUGUCGCAAUUUGUAAUAAACCGUGUCGCACUUUGUAAUAAAAAAGCUGUCGCAAUUUGUAAUAACAGUCCAUCGCACUUUGUAAUAAACUAAGCUGUCGCAAUUUGUAAUAAUUCCAUCGCACUUUGUAAUAAUUUUUUGAGAGUGAUUCAACUUACUUCGUCAACAUUAAUAUAAUGCCAAAAUAUGCUACUUCAUAAACAAAGAUGGUGACGUCUGCUAGCACGUAACAUCUCCGUAACAUUUUCUUUGGUAAAACAUGCAUGUCUACCGCUAUAAAUUUUUCUGCCUUGAUUAAUCACGUGACAAACUAGAAAAGCUUUUAUGAAAGACAUGAAACUUCCUGUGACAUAUCACCAAAAAGAUAUGAAUCAUGUUUAAAAUCAAGAAUAUUUAAAUAACAAAAGCAACAGUUAACAACAGAAAAUUCAUGAAUAACCUGGCAUUCGUCGUCCAAAUCCAUGUUUGCUUGCCACGUGACACGUGAAGUCUUCGGGGGGAUAAUCCCAUAUAUGGAUGGGCUAGACAGAGCAUUGUCAGAGUACAGGAUCUCGACAGAGCUAGACACACUAGACACAAACGAACCAUUAUUAAAAAGCAUUUAAUUUCCGCAAAUCGUAACAUCCAUCCUACAUCAUUCGAAUAAGGACACCACGAGAGUUCAAGCUUUCCUGGUUAGAUCUUAUAACAGGUCGAUGCAACACGUUGUGCACCGUCCUUGUCUCACGCGCAAUCUUAAAGAAGUAAUAGUGGCUUCCAUAUUUUGGCCAACUUAAUCAAACGAGGCCUGGAAAGAUUCAAAAUUUUUAGUGCAAAUAAAAAAAAAAUGUCACCAGUGGCAAACCGUCGAACCACAACAGAAACCUAAAAACAAAAUCCAAUUAGUCGCUGGCCAAUACCUUCUUAUGUACCUGUUUUUAUAACACUCACUUGGGGUCUUACACUGAGCCGGCUGGGCAUUUGGCCCAUUAUUCUCACUUGAUUUGGUCCCAUAUAGGAUCAAAAGGAGUACUCAUUCCAUCUUAAAACAAUUAUUUUCUCUAAGGAGUCCUCUAAAGCAAAUACCAUGGGACCGGGAUAGUAAAAAAUUAUCCUUCCCUGCGUAUAUACAACUCUUUCGAGCGUGUUCUGGAUUACUGUUUUUCCACAAAAUGGAAAGGAUGGAAUAAACCAUCCAUUACUACGUGAGUUACCCUAUCUAAGGAUCAAACCAAAGACACAAGGCCAACAACGUAAAAAAUGAUACCCUAUUAAAGGCUCGAGAUCCUCAAAAACCAUACCCUAUCAGGCGGUACUUACCUAUCUAGAGGCACAUUCCCGUAUUGGCCAUAUAAGGAAGUACACCCGCCGGGUAACCACUGAAUGAAAACCACCUAGUACAAUAGCAAGGUUUAAGAGUACAGCAUUUCGUAAGUCAGAUAACUAAUCAACAUUAAUCUGAAAAAAAUGUUUAGGACUGUGAAUAAAGUUAAAUGUUUGAAUGAGCGGAGGUGUUACGUGCCAGCAGACGUCAUCAUCUUUGUUUAUGAAGUACCAUGCAUAUUUUGGCAUUAUAUUAAUGUUGACGAAGUAAGUUCAAUUACUCUCAAAAAGUUAUUACAAAGUGCGAUGGAAUUAUUACAAAUUGCGACAGCUUAGUUUAUUACAAAGUGCGAUCGACGGUUGUUACAAAUUGCGACAGCUUUUUUAUUACAAAGUGCGACACGGUAUAUUACAAAUUGCGACAGGUAUUACAAAGUGCGAUGGAUUUAUUACAAAUUGCGACAGGUAUUACAAAGUGCGAUGAUUAUUACAAAUUGCGACAGUACAGGGGGCGAAGGUAUCAAACUUCUUGUACUCGGUUCGCUGAUGGGCAAUACCGUAACACCUCUCUGGCUCGUUUCUGGUUGGUUUUUGUUCUCCUCUUUCACUGUAUAAAAUUUACCUAGGAAAAACUAACCGGCGCCUGCUAUGUAUGCUUUUGUCAAUACGAUAGAAAACACUUUCAGGAAGUUAAAAUUCUAAAUACUUAUCGUGGACGUUCGCACGACGGACCUUCGACGUCUGUCUUAUUAGUGGAGCUCCAAGCGCGCAAGAAGCGCGCCUAAUCGGAGCCCCAUAGGAGCCUGUCCGUCCGCACCACUGUGAAACCUGAUAUUGCACAUCCAUGCUGUGCUCAGUUUACAACUGACACCGUGUGCGCGGGCUCAGGUGUCGACCCAUCGAGGUUAAAUAUUUUUAAGUUCUCCGCUGACAUGUUACUGGUUUUCAACUGAUCGCAGGCUCAACUCCAGGUGGAUUUCUUUACAAUGAUUUCGCGUUUUUUGUUUGAAGUAUAUUAUGAAUUUAUUAACUAAAUCUAUAUAUUAAAAACAGUUAACUUCUCAAGCGAUCCACUCUUUCUGGGUGCGAAAGGAGUUUUUGUGUUCGCGACUUUGUAGCUGGAUUGCAAAAAAAUUUUUAAAUCUUUGAAUCUGAUAUUAGGGUAAGACUGAUUAGAAAUAAUCAUGCAAAGACUAGGAAUUCAAAGGUUAAAAUCAAUUUCCAGUCGCUGUAUUCAAAAUAAUUUGUGUAGUUAAUAUAUAAUUACUUGAAGCAUAAAAUACGGACAAGUCUGUUUCAUGAUACCGUAUUGACGAGAGAACUAAAUAAAUCUUCAGUUUAAACUGAACAUCAUUACGAGGGGCGGUUGACAAACCGCGGGAAUGGAGUCGGACUUGAUCAAUCCAUUCUAUCCCUAUUAAAUCUUCUGUCAUUUAAUGCGGUCACAGACUGAGGUUGGUCCCAUCUGGUUCGAUUCAACGUUAGUCGACACCUGUUACAAAGGAGCUAGGUCGAACGGAAGUAAAAACCACAAGUAUCUCAUGGGAUUGGCGGCCACCCGAGCACGAUAAUUCACAGGAAGACCGCUGGCCGUACCUUUCACAUACUAGAUACAAAUAAAAUGAAAGAGCUACUAAUUUUUCUAGUGUAGCUUUAGUCUACAGUGAGUCUAUUUGACAUUAACUUCACAUAAGAAUCUAAACGUUAGUUUUAAUCUGUUGUCAUUAAACGUUGCUUGUUUCGGUUGCGCUGUUAAUUAAAACAAACUUGGAAAUAUGAUAUUUCUAAUAUAUUCUUUUGUUUCCAAUUCUCCGACCCUAACAGUGGAAGUUAGAGGGUUUAAAGGGGCUAUGUCAGCUGGAGAGCAUGUGCACUGAGGUUAUGCAAAUUACUUUCAUCUGUGCAAAUUCUAUUGCUUUUAGCGCGUGAAAUUCUCUGUCACGUACAGAGCGCCGAAAUUUAGAACGACGGUUACAAGAGCAGAGGGUUUGGAAAAAGAUAUUUUGAUAGAAUUUAGUUAAGGAAUUUCUUCUCUGGUUAUGCUAGAUCGAGUUCCCUCUAUUUUGUCGUCAAGAAUAAAAUUGUUAAGAUAAUUUUAUUUGUAGCUUUGAAUUAAAAACGCAUGACAUUGCCGUUAGAGAAAUUCAACAACAACAUAUUGUUGUAGUCAAAAUAAUAAAUCAAAGUUUUAUUUUAUAAACAGACUCUAGACCAAAGAUAAAGACCAAGAUUGUUUCCGAUCUUUAAGAAUUAGACUUGUCGGUCGCUAUUUGGGCCAACGUUUUCAAGUUUGUUUUCAUCGGCUCGCGCAUGCGCCAGGGGUGAGAUUGUCCAUUCUACGUCACUUUCCGAAGCUUCUGAGACGGACUGGAAUAUUUUUAGAACAGCGUUUUAUACAAAACAUGUGAGCCAUCCGUAAGCUACUAUCCUCACAAACUAAAAGAGUAGUCAAUUGCAACUCGUUUGAGGGAAGUUAACCUUGCAAAAAAAUUGAUAUGGUCAUUGUGGGAGGAUUGUCUCUCGCUACUCAGUAUAUUUUAUCAAUUAGCACAGAACUGAAACUUAAAGACGCUGCUAUCCUUGGAAAUGAAAAUAGUGCUAGUCACUCGGGAAAGUAAUUCCGCAAACAAGUCAAGUAGGUUUGGUCAUCGUGAAAAAUUGUCUCUCCAGUCGCGACUCAGACUAUUUUAAUUCCGUGGCUGUAGUACUACUCGGCAUCGUCGCUUUGUACUAGGGUCUUCGAUAUACAAUUGUAUCAUUGUUUUUUGAUGCCGAGUAGUACUACAGCCACGGAAUUAAAAAAGAGUAGUGACUCGAGAAAAGUAAACUGUGCAAACAAAGUGUUAUGGUCGUCGCGAGAAGAUUGUCUUUCGAUAGCUACUUCUUUAUUUAACAGCUUAGGUACUGAAACAUCAAGUAAAGACAUUUUGUUUGAGUGUCAAGGGCCGGGCUGCAAGGUUUUCCAUUCCUUACCAAAGCCACCCUAACCCUCGCUUACUAGGCAAGCUUGUUACGCCAGCUGGUGCCUAAAACAAGCAACUCGCCGGCUGAUUCCUUAAACCAUGAUGGGUAAAUUGUGGUUGCAAAAAAGGACAUUUCUUAAUCCAGCCUACUUGAAAUAAAGUGCUUAAGACCUGAAAACAAAAACACAUUUUUAACUGGAAGUACACAUUACUACGAGAAUUUCUCACUGGAAAAAAAAAAUUUCGAUUUGAACACAGCACAAUUUCAAUUUUGAAUUUGUUUGAAACGUUUAACUUUGCCGCCAUUUUGGCAGACUUUUCUGUUCUUUUUCUUGUACAAAACGACGCUAUUUAGUUCUGCCAUUACAUUGUUAUAUAGUGUUUCUCCUUCUUUUGCCCAGAAUUUUGUAUUUGGUGAUUACGGAAAUCGGUAUACAUAGAAGUUAAGUUCCAGAACUUCAAUUAGCACCCAUAUUGAGCUCGAUAAGAGAGGAGAAGUGUUACGUCACUUUACCAUGGUAGCAAAAUUUUUGGACAAUAGGGAGCUUAAGCAUCGACGAUGGCGACAGCAACGAGAACGGCAAAAAGCAAUAGGUUUAAAUUAGCAAAACAACAACUUUGCUCGUGCUUCAAGCUUUUUUGUACAUUUUCUAGCCGUUGUUGCCCGACUGCGACAUGAAACUUCCUAAUUUCACGCGCCCACUUUAUAGAGCAGGUGAACACAACAUAGAAAUUUUCUUUUCCUUUUUGUAAACUUAGAUCCUGUCCUUUCGGAUUCAACACCUGAAAUAAUGUCGCCAAUAUUUGACAAAUUAACUGAAAUGGAAUAAAAUCUACGAAGUUUGAAACAGGGCGAAUUCACUUUUUAAGCGAAGUUUUCGGUUUGUUGUCAUCCAGAAAUUUUGCUACCAUGGCAACGUGACGUAACGACUUCUCCUCUCUGUUGAUAGCAUGAUUCCAUCCACUUUCUUUGAAAUAAAAUUUAGUUUUGGCCAAAAGGAGUAACUUGAACAAAUUGACGAAAGCUAUCUAAGUUGCAUGAAUUUUGGAAUUUCCAAUCAAUUAAAUAGAAUAGCUGCUUUGAGGUCUCAAAAAGCUCACCAACAUUGUUAAAAUUUCUUUGAAUCAUUUUUGGAACGUUUGUGAACAAACUUAAGUUUGAAAUUUAAACUACCCAAACCACGUAUCCCGCCCUUUUAGCUGGUGAGGCAAUUAAACUACGGACAUGCAUUUAAAAUAUAAAUUCCACAGCAGGUGAUUCCUUUUAAUAGCACGUUAAUAUUGAGUUUGUUAACAGUUAGGUGGACAUAACUACACAAUUACCAUGUAUACGCAAAUCCGGAUUAGAAUUUGGUCUUGCGUUUCAUUUCAUUCUGAAGGGUUUCGACUGCAUCGAAGUCCCAAAAAUUUAGUUUAAACAGCUGAUUCCCCAUAUUUGGAAAGUUGUCAUAAAAAGGCUCCCUUUUUAUUGAUGCAACAGACGUACUUAAAUAUUUAAGACUAUAAACUAAACAUAACUUAACAGCACCAAUUAUGAUAAAAAAACCCACGUAGUCUCUAAAACCUUAUUGAACAGUAUAUUCUUCUUAUUUGGCAAGUCGUCAAAAAGAUAUUGUAUUUAAAGACUAAUAAAAGUAUAAUUUAAAUUUUAUUCUUUUUGGACACACAGAAAACGAAUUUGCGAUGGCUACUGAUUGGCUACCGCUUUUAUUCAGACCGGUGUCGUCAUCGAUAGUAGAAUAAGGCAUUUAAGAAGAAACUAAACGUGAAGUCUUUUCUAAAAUAAUUAACCUUCCUUUUACCCCAAAUCACACUAAAAAUAAUUUAGUAUGUUCACAAAAGAAAAAUAAACUUUUAAGUUGACGCUCAAGACAAUUGAAUUAAUAUUCCCUUAUUAAAGUCCUUUGAAAAUCAUGUUAACUUAGCAAUUUUGGCAGUCGACUCUUGUCUUUAUGAUAACUGGCCACCGAUGCCUCGUUUAAAUAAAAGUAAAUAAAUUUUUUAGUUCUGCAGACGCAAUCGUAGCAAAGAGGACUAUAUAUAUAUAUCUUUGCUUAACAUGUGCAUCAGUUAUUAAUACCGUAAAUCACAAUAGAUAACAAUGGAUAAGUGUAGUGUUUUUCAUUAGGGCACUGAGCAAAUGGUAUGACAAAACAGGUUGAGCAAGUUAAGCUCUGCUAAGUUUCCUUGCCCCAGAAAGAAUUAUAAUAGGGUCUGGAAUGGAAGGGGGGUCUGGAUCACGAAUCACGGGUUAAAUUUCGGUACAUUCACGAAUCACGUUACCUUUUAGAGUCCGUCACGAAUCACGAACUGAUCAAGUCUAUCAAUGACCGCUUAGUGUGGUUGCUGGACUUGAACUACUGUAUUGGCAAGAGUUGGUCUGAAAUGACCCCGGGUUGCAAUUGUUGGAAGGAAACAAAAAGUAUGUAUGGUGAUCAAACUGACGAUUCUAUACUUGUCUGUUUGAGCGAAUAAAGGAAGACAAAAUUGAAUCUAUUCUUUAUUUUAGUGCGAUUUAAUUGUUAUAAUAAUGCUAAUAAGACUUUCGCUUAUUUUUUUUUAUCUCCCUUCCUCUAAUAUCGCAAAACUGUUAUAAUAGACUUUACUCACGAUGCUCGGCAUCUUUUUUGCAAGCGCUUUAAUUUAGGAUUGUUGGGUUAAAAGCAAUGCUACGUGGUAUUUCAAACAAGUGAUACAUUUUGUCAAUACGAGUAAUCGCGGUCAAACGCGAGGCGAACAUUCUAGCCUUGAAAAAUGCAUAAUUAGAAAUUCGACAAGUUUUACGCCAUUAUAACAUUAACUUCACAUAAGAAUCUAAAGGUUAGUUUAAACUGUUGUUAUAAUUUAAACGUGGCUUGUAUUGUUGCUCAGUAAUCAAAAAAAAAACUUGGAAAUGUGACGUUUCUGUUUUCUUUUCUUUCCGAUUCUCUAACCCUAACAUUAUGAAGCAAAACUUUUAUAGAAUCUAUCAUCCUGUGGCAAAAGAGCAUCCUCUAGUCAUGUCCAAUACUACCGCACCAUUACGGACCGUUAAUCAGGGGCACCCAACGUCAAUUUUUGGAAAAUAACUGUUCGGAAGACGAUUUGAGAUCUCGAAUUUUCGGAACAUUUCUUGUAAAAUUUCUUGCCUGCCUGCCUCUUCUAGGAUUUUCGAACAUCUAAAAAAUGGUAUCAUUACCCUUUUCUAAAGGAUCAUUUAUCCUCAAAAGGUCACCUAGAAUUUUCGGGAGUCUUUUUUCUGUAUGAAAUUUUCGAAAAGGUAAGUUUUGAUCCCUAUAAUUUUCGGAUCACUAGACUUUCAGCUAGGAAAUCCGAACAGAUGAAAAUUUUUAGGGGAUAAAAAUAUACCUAUAUCUACCAUUUAAAUACUAAAAUACGUUCAACAAUGCUAUGUUUAAGUGGUUUUGCACUAUAUUCUCGUUGGGUGCCCCUGCUUUAAUUAAGAGCAGUUGACGGAUCGUACGCUCCGCUCCGUAUAAACCAAGAAAGCACUUUUCAAGAAGUUGCUUUGUAAUUAGAAUAUUCAUACCGGAGGAUGGGUUGCAAGAAACCUUUCAUGCGCGAUUCCCGAUUACGGUCAAGUCAUAAUAGUGACUGCGCUAUAACUUGAGGUUUUGCUCGAGGCUUCGCCACUCGUGGCUUCGGCCUUUUGCCGUAGAUGACACCGAAAUACUCGUCCGCACGCGCGGUUGUCGUGUUGACGUGGCAUAACCAUAUACACAUACGAGUGGAUCUGUAUGGCUGUUCUGCCUCCCAACUAAAAGUUCACUGAAAGUUUACGGAAUAUAAUAUAGAGCUAGGCUGUGAGAUAGUAGAGGGAACUGAUUUUUUAGCGCCCUUGUUUGUUUUGCUUGCUCUUUGUGGAGAAAGUAAGAGUUGAAGACUGUAGUUUCAAGCUCAUUUAUGUAAGUACCACUAGCAGUAACCAAUGGUUAAGAAGUGCGGGCGAGCAUUUGAGUUUACCUUAUAUGACUGAUAUUGAGAACCGCUUUUAUAAUAAGUAAAUAGUAGAUCAUCCGAACAUGAAUAAGAGAUUUAGCCCUUUUAGUUCCAGAGGAAAUUGUCACUGCAUCUUGAACGUGGAAAUUGAAUUAAACAACACCAGUUGACCAGACACAGAUUUGAUUUGACCAUCUUAUUCAAAAGGACAAUCGGCCAUUUUAAAAGUGUGGUUUCAAUUAGAGUCCUAGCCUUUUAGUGGGUAUAAGAACAUUCCAAGAAUGUGGACAGAUUUUGCUAAAACCUUCAUAUACAAAUUUAGAAAAUGCCGCUGACCACCCUUCAAAAAUACGUCCGCAGGCUUGCUGUUGCUCGCCCGCAAUAAAUCCCGUCGGUUUUCCACCCUUGUGAAUGCGAAAAAAAAAAAAAAACAUUAAAUAACAACAAUUGUUGUCAUCAUUAUCAUCAUAACAAUUAAGUAUUUGUAUAUCAUGCACUAUUCGUGAGAAUAAAACAUGAUGCAAACAACUUCAAAGAGCUCUAGGUUCAACCUUACAAAACACAGCAGGAUAACAGGGCCCAAUCAUCACAUUGGCGGACUCCAGACCCAAACGGCAUUUCGAACAUAAGCACGUUUAAAGUGCAUGAGCUAUUGAAUGCGUCAGUGUUACCUUAUAAAGAAUCUACUCUUGUUUAAUUUUGUAUAUAAACAUGAUGAAUGUUAUUAUACAAAAUAAUUAUAGUGGCUGAAUCGAGAAACACUAGGCACAGAUGAUUCUACCCUUCUACACGCUCAAACUGAGGUCCGAUUUCGUCUCUUGUUAUAUCUUGCUUAAUACAAUCGUGAACGGUAUGUUUCGCUUGCUUUUUGUAAAUUUCGAUUUUUCUUACUGUCGUUCAUAUAACUUUACCCUAAAAAACUCGGCUUUAUUUAAGGUUGAACUUUGCGUUACUACGUUAGCAUAUUUUCCCUUGGGAUAUUUUCAGUCGUUGUGAAUGUCAUUUGCUCUUUACUAAAUGCAUUUGAAUGAUGAUAUAGAGGAUAUUAGACGGUGGCACGAGGAUAUGAAUUUUAUUUUCGACUGGCAAAACAAGAUUUUACGAACGAGCGCAGCGAGUGAGUAAAAUAUUGUUUUUGCCAAGAGAAAAUAAAAUUCAUAUCUUCAAGCCGCCGUGUAAUGUUCUUUUUAUUAUAUAGACAAAAAGACAUCGAUGACAUAAUAGAUUUUUAUUCGCCAAAAAGAAAGACGCCUACAAAUUUCGAGGGGAAAUUACCGAAAUUACGUCAUCGAUAAACUCACGUGUGAGAUUAUGGAAAAUAAGCCACUCGGGUCCCGGAUGUAGUUUUUAUGAAUUUUACCAGUGGUAUAUUUUCCAGUAAAACACUCGUGUCUAUAUAAUAAACUAAUAUAUUCGCUUGUGAUUGGUGUAUUGACGGUAUUAUAACCGCAAACAAGCAUGCUUGAAAAUGUUGUUUUGAUUUGUGGGCACUACUAAUCCUUACGGUAACAUAGUAAGCUUUUUAUCUUCAUAUUGUUUUUUUCCUCUGUUGCUAGUUAUUUUAGCAAAAGCCUGGCCAUGAAAAGUAUUGUCAGGUAAUGAGUCUUAAAUUCGGUUGGGAGUGAUCAAGUCAGAGCGCACUAGAGAUUCCGAACUGACGGUCUUGAAAUAACAGAACUUAGGAGAAAAAGAAGCUACCUGAGCAGUAGCGUUUUGCACAGCUGUCAAAUUACGUGCUAAGUGAACCAUAUGGUAACGAGUAAGCAACACCGUACGAAUUCAGAAUCUAAGCAGGGACGCAUUUUCUGGCACGAUCGCUUACUUAAUUUUAACGGCCUAUAAGAAUUAUCUAAUCACUGAAUUUUAACUGAGUAAAAUUCAAGUUAUUGAAUGAUACAUUCUAAUCGGGCCUUUUAAGAAGGUUGAAAAAGAUAUAUAAGUAAAUGCUUUUUUGAGAAUUGUGUGAUCAAAACAUUCGCUUACUCGUCAACGCUAAGCUAGUAUACUGGUUCGCUCAGGGUCUGCAUUCGUGUGGAUCGAUACAUUUUAUGAUCUUUUAUACAUUAAUUACAUAAAGUUCAUCAGUUGCCUCAGAUGACAAAACCAUUAUACACUGAUUAUAGUAAAACUGAUUUAACUAAGACUUAAUCUCUCACGCAGACAUUCUUAGGGCUUCGUUACGUGUUCCCGAUUCUCAGUGCCCCCGGCCAAGUGUGGAAGCCGGCCAGAGUAGGUGUGAGGAGGAAGCCCAGAGGACGUCUGCGUGGAAGGGCAGUGCGUUUUGACUUCCUUUUUCUUUUGCAAUUGGUUUUCUUCUGAUAAUAUUUAUCAUGAAAAACACCUAUAGUAGUGGAUAAGGCACCGGUUACUCCUUUUCUUUGCGGGGGAAUGCCAUUAACUUUCGGGGAAAUACAUUAACGCCGGUGACGUCAUACAUAUCAUUAACAUAGGAUGAUGUCAUAGUUUAAAUUAAUGACCAUGACGUCAUGUCAUAGGAUGAUGUCAUAGUUUAUUUUUAGCUGGCAAGGAGCAAGUGACGUCAGAAUAACUAUUUUCAGAUGGAUUAUGUCAUAGUUUAUUUUCAGUAGGCAAGGAGCAAGUGACGUCAGAAUUUUCUGGAGUUGACGUCAUCAAAAAAUGUUGAGAUCAUAAUCUAUAAACAGAAAAGUGAUUUUUAUAUAAUUAGCUUUUUGCGAUAGUUUUCUUAUUGGAUAUUGUGGAAACUGUUAUGUGUUCAAAAUAAAAGCGGGCAAAUUUUUUGAACGUGUUAUCUUUGCAGAUUAUACUAAAUUAAAAAUCUUUAAUCAUUAAAUUAUUUUCCCUAAAAAUCGGUUAUAAGCAAAACCAAGACGCGGAGGUUGACUGAAAAAUCUUUACUUCAAAAGAAGGGAAAAGGAGGUUAAGCGAAUGCGAAAUCGUACUAAUUUUUCAGGCAAAACAUGAAAACGAGGUUGAAGCUCAGCGAAGCGAAAAACUGCCUAUCAAGCAAAAAUGUCAAUCUUUGUUUACUUGACUCUGUGAAAAGUAUUGCACAGGGUAUAAAAAUUCUAUAGAAAACAACUGGUGGUUCUAAAGUAAACCCUAGCUCUUUUGGUUCUUAAAUCAACUCCAUUCUUGUUCCUAAUGAGUGGAAAGUUUAUUUAUAAAAAUAGGAAUAAGAGAUGCGAUCCCCUAGCAACACAUGUCUUUUUAUUUAGCGCUAAAAAUCGGAUAUAUAACAAAACACAUACACACAUACAAAAAGUGGAGCUGAAAACUCUCUAUUUCAAUUUUGACUCACCAUUACGAAAGCGUUUUCUCCGUUCCAUCUCGAGGAAACGACUAACUAUUGAAAUCGCAGCGCUUGAUGAGCUUGUGGUUUUGUCAAUUUACGAGCCGUUAGCGUUAGUCAGUUAAUUAUGCGGGCUAACAAGCCUAAAGUUGAAUACAAAUUAGUUCAUCUCUACAGCUAGACCCAAGGGAGCACCUUGACUUAUUAUUGUAAGUACUUUUCUACUAGCUUUAUUUUGGGGAAAAAAAUUUAAAAAAAAAACUGAUGACGUCACAAGUGGUACAAGAAACGUAGCUAAAGAAACGAACGGGCAGUUAAAGUGCCUGGAUGUGGUGUGAAUUUGUUAACCCAAACGUAGUUUACACCCCAAAGAUUACAGGUUAUUACUUAAGACGUGACCAGCAGUCUGUCUCACAUAAAAAGGCAAAGACCCGUAAAGGGAAAGUGGGUAACCUGUGGUUUAAUGGCUUCCUUGCAGACGUUCCCCUCCUCCCUUCCCUUUCCCUUUGGAACGCCUGCCACGCAGGCUAUCUGUAUCACAUAAAAAGGCAAAGACCCGUAAAAGAAAAAGUGCCGUAACCUGUGGUUUGAAUUUGCUCUUGUCCUUUAUCCCUCCUCCUCCCUUAAUUAUCGGUUCUUGGUAAAGUAAGAGAAAAUCUAAGUUGAGUUUAUGUUUCAAAUUGUUUUUCAGUCCAAAGUCAUGUCAAGUCCUUUAUGAUCAGCUCAACGAAAAGUGAGUAUCACUACUGAUUUAAAUAAUAAUAAAAUUAAAUAGAAACAAUAAAAUAUUGAGUCUCGAUGGGGCUGUUCCUACACCAUUAAAACAGCCACAAAUGCAAAAUAAAGGCACCGAUAAAAAACACUUUAAAAAGGUUUAAAAUGGAUUGCAAUUGUGGGUUUUGAAAACUUGUUGGCAUAGUAGAGUUAUUCAAAACUCAUUUUUGAAGUCUGUAAUGUUUAUGACCGGGAGGCAUAUUUAUUGGACAACAGAAUAGUUUUGUCAUUCGCAAGUAAUUUCUUCUUGACUUAUUGAGUUCCAUAGCGCAAAAGACUCUUUUGCGCUAUGGAAGUCAAUAAGCCAAUAAAAAAAAUUACUUUGAAAGAGUAAUUGGCAAUAUUUUAUAACAAAAUAAACUAGGCAAUCGUGACAGAGCUCUUUAAGUAACAUUCCCUUUUUUUAUUCGACAGUCAAAAUAUGGAAAAAACAAAUUAAAUGAGACUUCAUUUUGUACAGUUUAAACGUGACUCAGUUGAUCAAUCUUUUCCUUGAUUCCAAAAAAAUUCCCGUUCUCUGUCACAUGGGAGAUUUUGGAUGUGGAGAUGGAGGAUGGACACCGGUCAUGAAGAUGGAUGACAACAAGGUAGACUUUUCAGUAGUUUGAUUAAAAGUUCGGGAACGAAAGUGAAAAAAAAAAAGGUUAUUAAAUACCGCGGACUUGAUUCUUUAAGCGGUAAUUCUCAAUAGGAGUCCGGAGUGCUAUUUAAAUGAUUUUUCUAAAAAUGUCCGAGGGGCUUAUUUCCCUUUAGAACGCUUUGCACAGGAGCAAAACUUUUUUGGAAAAUGGUGUCCACGAUAAACGCCAGUCUCCUGCAGUUUUUAGACACUAUAACUGGGAACUGAGGUGGACAGUGUCAAGAACUUUUUACAUCGUAUUAGUAACGAGAGCUUAUAGGGCCCUGCUUUCAGCGAAGUUCAGCGAAUUAACAGCGUAUUAAACUUUAACCAGUGCAAGUAACAACCUUAAUUUACAAUUAGUAUCCGGGGGUCGGCAUAAAUAGUACUUAAAUUGCUUAUCCUUGACAAAUCUCCCAUAUGACAGCGGUGAAUUAUAUUAGUUUACAUGAGGUUUUAAACCUUGCCAAAACUGUUCGAAGGAUCAUCUCUUGCCUAGAAAUUUCUAAAGCUUGAGAAAGGCUGAAAAUUUCUGGAUAACUGCUCCACGCGUUUAUACUAUCAAAAAUUAUAUGCCCUAUUCUUACUAGUAAAAGUACACGAAGUUCAUUUACACAGCAAGAGCCUCAAACGAUGAUCCGAAGUAAUCUGAUCAUGAGACAAUGAGACAAACCACAGCAGGAUUGUAGCGGGAUCCAACGUUUGUUGAUAAAAUUAAGAGUUUCACAAUAUUUCUGCGAUCCCAAGGUAAUGGAGCCUUACUAGAUGUACAGGCGAAAUAACCUUCCGACCAUACUUGAAUCAAAUCAUUCUUUACCUAUGAUGGAGAAUGUUGUUCUUACCAAUUUUAUCACAGCAAACUUUUCACUUCGACGCCAGUCUCUGGAGCAACAAAGAAACCUUUAACCUUGAAGGAGGGAAGACUGGGUUUGACUCGCAAAUGGCUAAACUACCUUCCUACUGGAACACAUCCUUCUCUAAGAUCUGCCUCGGUAUGAAGAUCAAUGACAACCAGCCCAAGUUUAUUGUUAUCAACCAGCAGGCCAACUCCUUGUACUCUCUGAUCGCUGAUGGGCAAUACCGCAACACCUUGCUGGGUCGUGACACGUGGAAGUCGCUGAUUGGUUCUAAAGCCUCCUUGCAGUACAAUUGUAACAAGGAAGGGUUCAAUGCUGUUGGUGAUAAUAGUGGUCAAUCCAAAGCACGAAUCGGUAUCAUUAGUAACAACCAAGACAAUUGCGCCUCUUGCGACUCUAGAAUUGGAUUUGGCACUGGUGGAUUGCCUGAUAAAACCAACUCAUGUGGAAACGAGGCUGAUCAUGAGUGGUCUCCAGAUAAUGGCGAUAAGCAUAUUAAGACAAUGGGAUACAUAAUGGUGCAGUGAAAGGAAACUGAUCUGGUCAAAUUUACUUUUGGCGCUAAACGAAAGCUAUCUUAAGGGGCCGGUCGUUUAUUACCUGAGGGAGAAGCCGGCGGGAGGGGAGGGGGAAGGGGGGGGGGGGCGGCCAUUUUACUGGAUGUUCAUUUUCAAACACUUGAUUUUUAGGGGUUUAUUUUCAGAUGAGAGUCACUUUCACGAUAUGUAAAAUUUAUGAGAGGCAGGAGCCCAAUUUGAUGGGCUCCUGGUAUUCCUUAAAGAUGCGGGUAUGCUGUUCCAUAAUUUAGGUCCUGCAAUAGAAAUCUUCGAUGGCCAGAAGACUUUAGCUUAGACCUCGGGACUUGAAGCAACUUAUUCGAGCAAGAACGCAAAGAGUAAGAGCUGCUACAAAAACUGAGCAAAUUGGAUAUAUAACUUGGUGAAAGUCCAUUGAUAGCCUUAUAUACUAACAAUAAAAUUUUAUAAAUAAUACGAUAUUCAACAGGCAACCAAUGUAAGUCUAUUAAGUUGGGUGUUAUGUGUUCAUCAGUUUCUUUGUGAUUGUUACGAUGCGCGCUGGUCUAUUCUGAACCGAGCUGAAGGCGGUUAAAGGGAACUUUAGGUAGUCCAUAUAGAAUCGCAUUACAGUAAUCCAAGUUGGUAAUCACAAAAGCAUGAAUAAUUGUUUCAGUAGAUUCACGAUCCAAAGAUCUGACUCGUCCCCAGUCGUCUCUCUUGAGACGACUGGGGACGAGUCAGUUACUAGAUGUACAGGCGAAAUAACCUUCCGACCAUACUUGAAUCAAAUCAUUCUUUACCUAUGGUGGAGACUGUUGUUCUUAACAAUUUUAUCACAGCAAACUUUUCACUUCGACGCCAGUCUCUGGAGCAACAAAGAAACCUUUAACCUUGACGAAGGGAAGACUGGGUUUGACUCACAGGAGACUAAACAACCUUCCUACUGGAACACAUCUUUCUCCAAGAUCCUGAUCGGCCAGCAGAUCAGGUUUAUUGUCAUCAACAAGGAGGCGAACUCCUUGUACUCUCUGAUCGCUGAUGGCUAA